AUGGCAGCGUUCAGCACAACAGAUGAGGCUAUCCUCACCGCGCCACUCGAGCUCAACCCUCUGGCGCAAUCGGCCACCUCCUCGUCCUCCGGUCGCUCCAUCUACUACAUCUACGACAUUCUCUCCACUGCAGCAAAGAUCCACAAAGGUCGCUUCAAGCGUGUCGCUCUGCAGUUUCCAGACGAAGCAUUGGUAGAUUCUGUGCCUGUCUACUGGGCGCUCAAGCGCGAAGUUCGCUCCCUCUACGCUGCCGGCAUUCCAGCUACAGCCUCGCCUUCAGCUUCACCUUCAUCUGCGCCACAGAAUGGCUUGCCAGAGUUCUACAUUCUCGCAGACACGAGCUACGGAGGAUGCUGCGUCGAUGAAGUCGCUGCAAAGCAUGUUGAUGCCGACUUGGUGGUGCACUAUGGCCAUGCUUGUCUUUCUGCCACAGCCAGGUUGCCCGUCAUCUACGUUUUCACCAAGCAGCCAUUAGCAGACAUCCCGGCUGCAGCUACCAGUCUGGCCCAACAGGCUAAGCAGCACGUUUGCGACGGAGAUGAAAGCGAGCAUGUCAAGGCACUCGUGUUGACUUACGACGUUUCGUGGAACCAUGUGGUCGAAGACGUCUUUCAGGCAACGCAACAAGCGCUGCGGAGAGCAGGCAUCGAUCUGCCCCUCGUCAGAACUCACGUCGAUUUCCGGCGCAACUACGAAGACAAGCUGGUCGAUGGCAAAUUUGCCUAUUCCGAUGCUCCGACACAAUCAGGCUGCUCUGGUGGAUCCAACGGGUCGUGUUGCGGUAAUCCAGAGCCGUCUGCCUCUUCUUCCUGCAACGGAGCGGCAUGCUCUUCCACAAAUCCAUCGUCGUCAUCUUGCUCCAAAGCAACAUCGGCAGCAACAUCAACAGCUGCUCUCUCUACCGCCUCUGCAACGAUCAGCGACAUUGCUUCCGAACGUGCGUCUCAACCACUCGGCCCUUCUCGCACCGUGACCCUGCCACCCAACACCACCUUUUCGCAGUGCGCAUACCUUUACCUCGGCCCGGAAUCGCUCUCGCUCACCAACCUUUUGCUCACGCUCGGUGCCUCAACCCCAGUCAUCUCGUAUGACCCGCUCACAUCCACCGCGCGUGUCGAGACCGGUUCCACGAACCGUCUGCUCAUGAAGCGAUACACAGCGGUGCUGAAAGCGCGCGACGCAUCCGUGGUGGGUCUGCUCGUUGGCACACUUGGCGUUCACUCGUACUUGCCGCUGCUCAAGUAUCUCAGAGGAUUGCUGAGUGGCAAGAAGAGCGGUCGCAAAGUGUACACCAUCUCCGUAGGGAAGCUGAACCCGGCCAAGCUGGCGAAUUUCCAGGAGAUCGAUGUGUUCGUGCUGGUGGCGUGUCCGGAGAACACGCUGGUGGACAGCAAGGAAUUUUUCAGGCCGAUCGUGACGCCGUUUGAGAUGGAGCUCGCGGUGAAGGCGGCCGAGAGGCAGCAGAGAGGCCAAGAGGGUGUCGAGUGGAGUGGCAAGUAUGUGUUGGACCUCGAACGGCUGGUGCCGGAACAAUUCAAGACGCAGGAGCAGGAUCUGUUGACGCAGAUGGACCAGCUUGAUGUCCAGGAAGAAAGCGGAAACCUUGCCCAACUGCAGGAAGGCGACGAGGAGAGCGACGACGAUCGACCCCACUUCUCGCUCAUCAGCGGCACAUACGUCCACAGGCGCAAGUUCAACUCGAAACCACCCGCCUCCUCCGCCACCGCCCCUACUACCACCUCCUCCUCCGAUCCCACCUCAACCUUGCAACUCCCUUCCAGCGAAUCGCAAACUAACGAGGACCAGGUCACGGUCCGCAACCCCACAACGGGACAACUCACCACCGUGCUCGAAACUGCUUCCAUCGCCCACAUCCAAAAACGAGGCUGGAAGGGCCUCGAACAACGGCUGGGCCUCGACGAGCCGAGUGUGCUCGAAGAAGGGCGAGAGGGCAUCGCCAAGGGGUACAAGGAUGCUGGUGGACAGGGCGACAUCAUGUAG